UUGAUUUUUUCUCUCUUAUUGACAGUCGGGCCUUUUUUUCAGCGACCUUCUCUUUCCCCGUACUCAUUGACAGCUACGACAACGUCGGCAGCUUCUCAACAGUUACUGCUACCAACAACAACAACAACCACCUCUACCGCCCUUUUUCCUUCUUCUUCCCAAUCCAUUGCUUCUUCCUCUUUACUCUUUUCAUCUUAUCAUUCUUCACCGCUAUCAGAAGGGUCCAACAGCAAAAAACGACGGCAAAAAGCCAGUGAAAUGCGCCUGGUGGGAAAUGAUGGUGGUGGAAGUGGAGGCAAUGGACGUCAAAGCACUUCAGUGGCACCGAUGAGUGGUGGUAUCGGGGAUGUGCUUUUGGAUAUGAAAGGAUUUUCUGGUCCUGUUGUUAUACCUAGUGCAAAAAGAGUACAAGCCAAACAGAAUCAGAUGUAUUUGAUAACAACAAUGCUUCCUGGAACUUCUCAACAGCAAAACGGGCAUACUUCAAACUUUCUACAACAACAGAAACACAACCACCAACAUGUUCCCACAGCUCUUAUUAAUCGAAUGCUUCCCACUGAACUUAUUUUACGGGUUUUCUCCUAUUUGGAUAUUACUUCACUUUGUCGAUGUGCACAAGUUUGUAGAAGUUGGAAUAAAUUAUCAAUGGAUGGAAGUAAUUGGAUGGAUGUUGAUUUAUUUUUAUUUCAACGAGAAGUUAAAACGGCAGUCGUUGAAAGUUUAGCAAAACGUUGUGGCAAUUUUCUCAAAGUUCUUUCACUAAAAGGGUGUGAAAAUGUGCAAGAUAAUGCAAUGAGGUCUUUUGCCACAAAAUGUCCAAAUAUUGAAAGAUUAACUUUAACUAAAUGUAAAUUAAUUACUGACGGUACUUGUGAAUAUAUUGGGAGGUAUUGUUGUAAAAUUGUUAUGGUUGAUUUGGAAAAUUGUACUUUAGUGACUGAUGUUGCUAUUAAAUUUAUAAGUGAGGGUUGUAAACGUUUGGAAGAACUUAAUAUUAGUUGGUGUGAACAAAUAACAGAUUUGGGGCUAUUUUAUAUUGCCAAAAAUUGUAUUAAUUUGAAAACACUUUUUUGUAAAGGAUUAGAAAAUAUAACCUCAAAUUGUUUUGCAAAUUUAGAAAUGGCAGAAUUGAGGAGAUUAAGUCUGCAUUCUUGCCCUAAUGUAUUGGAUGAAACAAUUAAUGAUAUUGCUAGGCAUUGUCCUCGUUUAGAAUUUCUUUCAUUAUCUAAUUGCAAAGAAAUUACUGACCUUUCUCUUGUUGCAAUAUCUCAGGGAUGCCCUCGAUUAAAGGAUAUUGAAUUGGCUGGGUGUAUUAAUCUAACAGAUGCAGGCUUUAUCCAACUUUCUAAAAAUUGUCACGAACUGGAGAGAAUGGAUCUCGAAGAAUGUUUAUUAAUAACUGAUAUUACAAUUUCUAAUUUAAAUAAUGGAUGUCCAAAUUUAUUAAGUCUUUCACUUUCUCAUUGUGAAAAUUUAACUGAUAUUGGUUUGGCUGAGCUUUGUGCUUCCCAUAAAGACAGAAUACAAGUUUUGGAAUUAGAUAAUUGUCCAAAUAUAACAGAUAAUACUCUUGAAUCUAUGAAAAUGUUACAAGUAUUGGAGAGAAUUGAUUUAUAUGAUUGUCAAAUGAUUACUAAAGAUGCAAUAAAAAAGUUUAAGCAAAGCCGACCAGAUGUGGAGGUACAUGCUUAUUUUGCUCCAGCCACUCCACCACCACAGGCUCCUCCUGUCCGUAGAGGUAUUUGUAGAUGUUGUGCUAUUUUGUAAUAAAAAUUUUUUCCCAAAUUUUCUUGAAGAAAUUAAAAAUAAAUUUAAAUUUUCACUUUUCCCUACUUUUAUUUAUAUACUUAAUUCCUCACAUCAGCCAUUUCCAAGCCUUUUUUCAU